AUGGCAUACCGUCAAAUACACAUUGCUGUCCUUGACACGGAUAUUCCCUGUCAUCGUGUCUACGCCAAGCGAGGCUUCUACAGCUCGCAGUUCAGAUAUCUUCUUGCUGCUGCUGCACAACGUAUCAAUAAAAGUGAAUACAAGCCACUUUCAGGCUCUCUCAGUGUCCAUGUCACAGCUUUUGACGUUGUUGGCGAUGCACUGCCACCUUUCCAAGGCUUGCGAGCCGACGCCUGGUCAUCUACAGAGACACAGUCUGCUAGAUUCCCAGGCCCUGUUGAUGCAAUCCUGGUUACUGGCGCUGCAGCUGCAGUGUAUGAUGGCUUGCAUUGGAUCCCGGGUCUGAGAAGUUACCUACGAAAGGUGUACUCAGACUAUCCUUUGGUCAGAAUAUUCGGAUCGUGCUUUGGGCAUCAACUUAUAGGCGAAGCUCUGCUAGCAAGCGACCAGGCCUAUACAUCCAAAGGGUGUUCUUUCAAAGUCUCCGUUGGUCUAUCCUCGCAUGGUCACGAAAUAGGCAUUCAUCCUAUCGCCCUGAACCCGGCAUUUGUCUCCAACUUCCCACCUCUGGCGCGGUUUUCACAUCAACCGUUUCACAUGCAACUCAUUCACGGCGAUGCAGUCAUAUCUUCACCAGAGUCUCCUGUUUCUAUGGAGGCACUUCUUCCCGAGCCGUGGCUCAAUAUGGGAAGCAGCCAAAAAUGCCCGAUACAAGGCCUCUACCAGCCUGGACGGGUUCUUACAUUCCAAGGGCAUUUUGAAUUUGACGCCUUUGCCACUGCUGAGUUAUGUCACAAAUUUGCUGAUACGUUCAGCUGGUCUCCAGCCGUUCUUGCUUCUCAUCUGGAAAAUAUCGAGCGCUCCAAAGUGCCCGGAAAAGAAGACGAUGAUGAUUCUAAAGCAGCCGCUGAGGCUGUUCUCUUGUUCUUCGCUGGAGAGGACCAGGUUUAA